AUGGCCGGCAAAGACACACUGUAUUCUCAGGGGUUCAAUUUCGGUAGCUUUGUCCAAGAUGGCGUUGACCCUCGCACCGGGCAAUUCACGUCCUCCAUCACCUUGUAUGAGACUCCGGCCGAGAUCCGUAACUGCACUUCAUUCAGGCUGGUUCUAAAAUUCAGUCCUUCCAACGCAGAGGAUAUUGGCUUCGGCAAGGGCUGGUCACUCAACCUUUCUCAGUAUCAUCAUUCCAGUCCUCGCAGCCUCGUCCUCUCUACAGGCGAGCACUACCAGGUCGCAGUGGAUGGCGGUGAUCUCAGCGUUGUAGACCUGAAGCUUCGCAAGUUCGCGUUCAAGAAAAAGGAGUCUGACUUCCAGAUCGCCCACAAGGACGGCCGAGUCGAACUCCUGUCUAAUCAUGACAACACCUGGAAUUACAGCGUCCCCACUAGACUAUAUGCCCCGAAUGGUCGUCAGUUAGAGCUGGUGUGGACUACUGUCAAAGGGCAACCGAGGCUGAGGAAGCUGUUGGAGGGCUCAGAACAACUUUUGGUGAUCAACUAUAAUGAUCCAAAUGUUGAAAUAGUGCGUGGCCCGACAUCUGCCGAGUCUGUUACUUUUACUGCUUUGUUAAAGAGCGGCAAGCUGGCGGAAUUCUGGCUACCGUUGAAGGAUAAGCCCAGGCCCAAGUGGGUGUUUGACUAUGAGACCUAUGGCAAAAACACCUGUCUUUCCACCAUCACAAGCCCCAUUGGCCUUGUUGAGAAGGUGAGAUACAAGUCGGACGGCCAUAAAGUGCCAAAAGGGGGUCCCUCAGCGGCUGUUCCGUACGUCAUUCAACACAUAGCAGAGCCGGGUAACCAACAACCCGCGAUCCGGACGCUCUAUAGCUAUUCGAGCACCAAUUUCCUGGGCUACGGUGGCGUAGACAGCUGGAAGAGCGGCCAAGACAACUUGUACCGUGUAAGAGACAAUUACACAUACAAUGCCACUGUCUCCGCCGACGGCGGCCAAGAAACUACAUACACCUAUAACAAAUUUCAUCUACUGAUCAAGUCACAACAAGUGAAGGAUAGAAAGCAAAUCACACAAUCCAUUACCUAUCACGCGAAAGAGAAUGUGGCUUUUGAACAUCAACCCCCUCAGUUCCAGCUGCCGAAGACUGUUGUGACCAAUUACCGUGACCUAUCGGACCAGAAGCUGUCUCGAGAUGAGCAGACUCAACACGAUUUUGACGAAUGGGGAAACCCUACCAUGGAUAUCCAGAUAAACGGCGUCCAAACGGAUCGUGUCUACUAUCCACCCAAAGGUGAAUCUGGUAGCUGCCCAGCCGAUCCACAUCUCUUCCAACGAUAUCUCAAAGAGCAGACUGUUACGCCGGCCAAGAAGCCUGAUCCGGCUCCAGUGCGAAGCACUCGUCACACAUAUCACGAGAUGGCUACAGCAUCUGGAGCACCGGUAGCCUCAUUCGUCGUUAUUCAAAAAUCAACUAUUUUUCAAGACAACAAGGCCAUCAGCAGCAUUGAACGGGAUUAUUUCUCCAGCCCCGGGGAGAGAGAUCAUGGUCGUCUCCGGCAGAAGACGACGACGAUGAUGGUCUCUGAAAAUCGGGCAACGGUGCAGAACUGGGCCUACCGAUACACAGCGGAUAAGAUGUUGGCUAUAAGUGUGAAAGAACAGGGCUUUGACGGCUGUCAGAUGGAAGAAGAAAGGAGCUACUCUUUGGAUCAUGGGUCUGCUGUGACCCAAAUUGACCAGGCUGGGAUCCAAACCAACUUCACAUAUGAUGAGAUCGGCCGCAUAACACGCACAACUGUCUCUCCAAAUACCUCUCACGAGGCAACACAGACAAUCGAUUACACUAUGACAUCCAAAAGAGCAGGAUACACCAAGACGGUGACGGAUGUGAAGCAGGUGAAGACUCGGCACAUCUUUGACGGCUUACAGAGGCUUUGUCAAAUCGAGAGGCAGGACGACGACGGUGAUUGGGAUACAAAUGACACUUACACAGUGCAGCCAGAUGGUCGAGAUCGAUUGGAUGAGAGCUCCAGAUGGUCUAAGAGGCAGUCCAUCCCAUAUCGUUAUGAGUACGAUGGCUGGGGACAAGCAAGCAAAGUAACUGAGAGCGACGGUGUUGUCACUUUGGUUGCCACAGAUCCCAUUUCUCAGACGCAAACAGAGAGUAUCGAGGGCCUAGGCAAGAAGAGAAGUCGCGUCGAGCCUGGAGAUGUCAUCGUCCAGACGUCAUUACUCGAGAAAGAUGAUACCCUCUAUACCAGCGUCGACUACGCCAAUGACGGCCUGGGUCGCAGAGUUCAGGAGAAGAAUGGCAAGGGCCACGUUACGCAGUUCUCGUAUGAUUGGUUCGACCGCGUAAGCAAAACAACUUGGCCGGAUGACAGCAUUGCAACGACGAAAUAUGCGGACCACAGCGCAGACCCUCUUCCUGUAUCAAUCCAUGUUCAAGAUAAUAUCACCGGCAAACAGUCCUAUGACGGGCUGGGUCGUGUAAAGACAAAAGAUUCUGGAGGACGCACUACCGGCUAUUCGUAUCAGGGAAGCUCCCCGAAGCCAUCCAGCAUUACGAUGCCGAAGAAAACAGAGGCUAUUAUGGCCUACGAUGAUGCUUUGGACUAUGCGCUCAAGGACAUGACUGUCCCCGAUGAUCAGCAAGCCUUUGACUACAAUAAUAAAACGGGUGAAUUGAUACAAAGCAAAAAUUCAUAUUGCACUGAGGACUUGAAGUAUCUACCCUCAGGUCUGCUAAAGGCUGAAGACAUUCGCCUCGGGCAGGGGAACGCCCUGUCAACACUGCAUACCUAUUCUAUGAACGGCAGACUUCAGAAGUACUCCAACGUACACAGCCAAACACAAGAAUUCAAAUACGAUGAAUACGGCCGGCUCAACCAGCUCUUGCAAGGUCCACUCACAGUUACACUCGACUACGACAAGGCGAGUCGGCUAUGGAAAAGCAGCGUCCAUGACAGCCAAAAGGGGUCGACCCUUGGAACAGAAAUUGUCUUUGAUGACUUUAGUCGCGAGCUCGAGCGCACUAUAUUCCGAGAUUCACAGCCCUUGUACAAGUUGAUCCAGGAUUACGAUGUACUAGACAAGCUAAAGACUCGUGAACUGAAGGACGGCGAUGGCGGCUCGUUACGGAAAGAGGCUUUUGAUUAUGAUAACAUGGGUCGAUUAUUCGACUAUCAAUGCAAGGGCAGCCAGCUUCCUGUCAAUGAACGUGGGCGUCAGCUGCGGCGCCAAACAUACGGCUUUACUACUACAGGGGGCAUAGCAAAAGUCACUACAGAAUACCAAGAUGGUAGUCAAAAUGUUGCCGUUUACACAUACAGCGAUGGUGACCCUGACCAACUCAUCCAAAUCACCAACACCCACCCCGAUGAGCUUGGAAAGAUCACUCUCGAGUACGACGCGAAUGGCUGCUUGACACGAGACGAGCAAGGCCGAAUACUGGAAUACAACUCCAUGGGUAGCCUCACGGUGGUCAAGAGUUCUGACGGAUCGACAGUUCUCAGUCGGUAUCACUACGAUGCUCGGGCCAGAUUGGUCUGCCAGGAGGUGCCCGGCAAGCUAGACUUUCAUCUGUAUUAUCGAGACAGUAGCCUCAUCGCUGCUACCAGCGGUGAUGCCCAGCUCAGCUAUGUAUCUGAUGGAGUCUCCUAUUGGGGUCAGAUCCUUCAGGAGGAUGGACAAACAGCAGCCUCAUUGUGGGCUUCCGAUGCUCAUCAAUCGACCAUUGCGACGCUGGACACCAGAGAAUCCAAUCAGGUUCACACCCAGUGCUAUACACCUUACGGCUUCAGCACGGCCGGAUCUGCCAUCGCUUGGAACGGCCAGUGGAGAGAUCCCGUCACAGGCUGGUAUCAUCUUGGCAACGGAUACCGCGUUUAUAACCCAGUGUUGAUGCGCUUCCACGCCCCUGAUACAUGGACCCCUUUUACUUCUGGGGAGAUCAACCCCUACGCCUACUGUCUUUGCGACCCCAUUAACCGAGUAGACCCCACUGGUCACUCGAGCGACUCUGCUGGAGAUUCCAAAAAGAGAAGCAUCGCCCAGCUGAUUGUCGGCCUAGUUGUUAGCAUUUUGGCAGCCAUCUUCACCGAGGGCGCGUCCUUGGCAGUGGAGGUUGGAGUUCUCGUAGGAACCGGCAUCGCCUCCGACGUGGCAACCGGCCUCAUAUACGACGCUGCUUCGGGAACUGCCCCAACUUGGGGGAGCGUAGGAGAUGACACUCUCUCCAGCGUCAUUGGCAACAUCGUCGGGCUCGGCGUAGCCAAGGGGGCGGGGAAGCUCUUCAAGUCAAUCGGGGAGACGAUAGAUCAGCUCCUGGAGGGCGCUGCCAAACUACAGCACGCCGGAGGAGCGCGAUUUCUUCCCGUAGACAAGAUGAGCGUCAAUCAGCUAAAGAGCGAGCAAAAGUGGCUGUCGUUUGAAAGAAGGGGCGAAAACCUAACGGAGAAGGGCAGGGCCGUACGAAGAGCCCGAAUAGAAGCCAUAGACAGCCGGCUCGACAACCUCGCAAAGCAGCCGGAAUGGAAAUGGGUGGACACGGGGCUGAAAGAGAGUGACAAGCAUUUGACAUCGGCCGACACAGUAGCCUGGAGGAAAUAUCACGAUUUCCGAAGACUGAUCACAGAGAACAGGCUUCAUCCGAGUACCGCCGCCAAACACCUUGGCGGGUCGGAAUAUGAGCCGAUUACCCCAAAGCCGACGCACACCAUCCGGCUAUCAAAAGGUCAUCGGCUUUAUUUUCUUUUGGAUCAAGAGAAUCGUGUAGUGAUCAUUGAUCAGAUUGGAAAACAUCGAUAG